AUGGCUGACAAGAAGCCUGUCCCGCUCUCACCACCUGUUAUCAUGCAGGAUUGGAAGAAACCAGUGCACCCCACCACAGGGUUUCUAGCCAUCACCGUGGCUCUGAACUAUUGCGACGAGGUCCAUAUUGCUGGCUUCGGAUAUCCACUAACGAAACAAAGUACUCCCAUUCAUUACUAUGGCAAAACUACCAUGAAAGAAAUGUCUGCAUCCUCAUUCCUACCAAACUUUACCAGAGAAGAUGAUGGAGCUGAUUGGAAUAAGAGUAAAUGUUUCUUUCCUUUUGCGUAUUUCACACUGAUCUUAUUGAUUUUGAUCAUUCAUUGGACCAAGUUCUUUGGGUCAUCCCUCCAAUUGGGAAAAUUCCGCUUUGACAUCACCUCCCUACUAUUCAGAAAAGUUGUCAAAUUUGAUUUUGCUCACUCUCAAACUGAACAUUGCUCAACCUGGCUGUCAAGAAACAAUGAUUUGCCAAUCCUCCCAAAUUUUAUUCAAAAUACCGAUGUAUUUUUAACAAUUAAGAGUGGAUGGUGGUACAAGCCAAACUAUCUGCAUCAUUCACUACCCUAUGGGAUUAAAGGCAAUGAAGUGGUUGUCAAAAAGAUAUUGGCCCGAACACAGUUCAACAUGCCAGAGGAGAUAGACAGGUUAGAUUGUAAACGAUGUGUUAUCGUUGGCAAUGGAAACACUCUGAGGAACAGCUCCUUGGGAAAAACAAUCAAUAAGCACGAUGUUGUUAUUCGAUUAAACAAUGCUCCAGUGAGAGGCUAUGAAAAGGAUGUUGGAAACAAAACCACUCUAAGGAUCUUUUAUCCGGAAUCAACAAUUGAAGAUCCCACCAUUGAAAAUAAUCUUGAUACACUGUUUGUGCUUGUACCAUUUAAGGCAGCCGACAUGAACUGGUUGAAGGCCAUCGUGUACAAUGAGACAAAAAUUACAACAGGAUUCUGGAAAAGGCCAGCCUUCAUAAAGAAUUUGGAUCCUGCCAAGGUUCGGAUACUCAAUCCCUAUUUUAUGUAUCAAGCUGCAACAAAGUUACUGGGUCAACCCAACAUGAUUAAAUGGAGAGGAAAUCGUCCAACCACUGGGUUUUUAGCCGUCACGUUGGGUCUGAACUAUUGUGAUGAAGUUGAUGUUGCUGGAUUUGGUUAUCCAUUGAAUCAAAAAGACGGGAGGAUUCAUUACUUUGAUCGGCUGAGCAUGAAACAGAUGGCAAAGUCUGUGCACAAUGUCACCCAUGAACACCUGUUUUUGAAAAAGCUGAAGAAUGCUGGAGUGAUCAAAUACCUCACUUAGCCAUCACAACGACUUUUACAUUAUUGAGAUUGUUUGCUUCCAAAUUAUCUGUCAGUAAUGUACUUUUCUCUGUGUCCUAUCCUCAUACAUACUAUGAAUCCCUCCACUCUGUGACCAUUUUCCUCCCUGCUAAGCCACAAUGUUAGUUUCUGCAUUGACCUGGUGAAAUAAGUCUGGAUUACGUGCAACGUUCUCCACCUGCAGUGAACUGAUGAAAUGCCAUUGGAAGGAGGCAUUGUGCUAUUUCAUCCUUGUGUGAUUGAAGUGGCUGUGUUAUCAUGACGGGACUAUGGGCCUAUUAUCACCACAGGCAUCAGGACCCCAACUUCAGGGUGAAAAUCGGGUUCAUAAAU